AAUAUCAACAACCGUGCAUUAAACGAAUGCGACCGAAGUCGAUCACGGGUAGUACUCGGUGUGCGGUCAAGUCUUGUGCCAAUUUCGGUAAAUAUGUACAACUUUCUACCCUCCGUCCUGUGAUCGUGUACACAAGUGAGCCCAAGGGUGAAAAACUAGUGAAAACCCAAGUAAAAGUGGUGCCGAAAAAAGGAUAUAUCACGAUGUUUUGGAACUAUUGACAGUUAUAACCAGAGAAGCAACAGAUCGAGUUAAUGAAUAACCGCUACAAUGGUCAUCGUUACAAGGGGCGAUUACAUAUGGAUCGAGCCAAUAUCAGGCGACGAAUUCGAUGUUGCCAUCGGGGCAAAGGUAAUAUCGACAGAAGGACGCAGGAUACUAGUCAGAGAUGAUGAUGGCGUGGAGCAAUGGCUAUCCCCCGACAGGAGGAUAAAAGCCAUGCACUCCACAUCCAUUCAUGGUGUGGAGGACAUGAUUGGGUUAGGUGACCUCAGAGGAGAGGCUGGAAUACUCAGGAAUCUUUUGAUUAGAUACGGUGAAAAUUUAAUAUACACCUACACCGGAUCCAUCCUGAUAGCUGUGAACCCUUACCAAAUACUGCCCAUCUACACGGCGGACCAGAUAAAGCUAUACAGGGAGCGCAAGAUAGGCGAACUACCUCCACACAUCUUCGCCAUCGGCGACAACUGCUACAGCAACAUGCGUCGCUACCGUCAGGACCAGUGCAUCGUCAUCUCCGGAGAGUCAGGAGCUGGCAAGACGGAGAGCACCAAGCUGAUCCUCCAGUACCUGGCGGCCAUCAGCGGCAAACACAGCUGGAUCGAGCAGCAGAUCCUCGAGGCCAACCCCAUACUGGAGGCCUUCGGCAAUGCCAAGACGGUCCGUAAUGACAACAGCUCCAGGUUCGGCAAAUACAUCGACAUACAUUUCAACACGGGAGGAGUUAUAGAGGGAGCUAAGAUCGAGCAGUAUCUGCUGGAGAAGAGCAGGAUCGUUUCGCAGAACCCGGAGGAGAGGAACUACCACGUGUUCUACUGUGUCCUGGCCGGUUUGGGAAGGGAGGAGAAGAUGAAGCUGGAACUGGGAGAUGCGCAGCAGUACAGGUAUCUGACUGGGGGAGGAUCCAUAACCUGUGAAGGCAGAGACGACGCGGCAGAAUUCGCGGACAUCAGGAGUGCCAUGAAAGUACUUUUGUUCUCCGACCAAGAAAUAUGGGAGAUUCUCAAACUCCUAGCCGCCAUCCUCCACAUAGGCAACAUCAAAUACAGAGCAACAGUAGUCGAUAACCUAGAUGCUACCGAGAUUCCAGACCCUACCAACGUCCACAGGGUGGCCAAUCUUCUAGAAGUUCCUCCGCAACCCCUCAUAGACGCCCUAACUCAAAGAACCCUCUUCGCUUACGGAGAAACCGUAGUCUCCACCUUAUCCAGGGAGCAGAGCGUGGACGUUAGGGACGCCUUCGUCAAAGGCAUCUACGGCAGACUUUUCAUCCUCAUCGUCAAGAAGAUCAACAGCGCGAUCUACAAGUCCAAGGAGCGCCAACGCACCUCCAUCGGCGUCUUGGACAUAUUUGGCUUCGAGAACUUUGCCCACAACAGCUUCGAGCAGUUCUGCAUCAACUACGCCAACGAAAACCUCCAACAGUUCUUCGUCCAACACAUCUUCAAGCUGGAACAGGAGGAGUAUAAUCUAGAGGCCAUAAACUGGCAACACAUCGAGUUCGUAGACAACCAAGACGCCCUAGAUCUGAUAGCGAUAAAGCAGUUGAACAUCAUGGCGUUGAUAGACGAGGAGAGCAAGUUUCCUAGGGGUACGGACCAGACGAUGCUGGCUAAGCUGCAUAAGACGCAUAGUAACCACAGGAACUACCUGAAGCCGAAGUCAGACAUUAACACAUCGUUCGGUCUCAACCACUUCGCCGGUGUGGUGUUUUACGACACCAGAGGGUUCCUGGAGAAGAACAGGGACACCUUCAGCGCCGAUCUUUUGCAGCUAAUCACCAUUUCAAGGAACAAGUUCUUGCAGCAGAUCUUCGCGGACGAUAUAGGUAUGGGGUCGGAGACCAGGAAACGUACCCCGACACUGUCCACGCAGUUCAAGAAGAGCCUGGAUUCGUUGAUGAGAACCCUAUCCAACUGUCAGCCGUUCUUUAUCCGAUGCAUCAAACCAAACGAAAACAAGAAACCGAUGCAGUUCGACAGGAAUCUGUGUUGUCGACAGCUCAGGUACUCCGGUAUGAUGGAGACCAUAAGGAUCAGGAGGGCCGGUUAUCCUAUAAGACACGCCUUCCGCGACUUCGUGGAACGUUAUAGGUUCUUGAUUCCAGGGGUGCCACCUGCCCACCGUACUGAUUGCAGGGCGGCAACUUCAAAGAUAUGCGCCGUUGUUUUGGGCAAGUCCGACUACCAACUGGGACAUACCAAAGUGUUUCUCAAGGAUGCUCAUGAUUUGUUCUUGGAGCAGGAGAGGGAUAGGGUGUUGACGAGGAAGAUAUUGAUCUUGCAGAGGUCUAUAAGAGGCUGGGUGUACCGUAGGAGAUUUUUAAGGUUAAAGGCUGCAACGAUUAUCAUCCAAACUUACUGGAAAGGUUACAUCCAGAGGCAGAGGUACAGAAAGAUGCGUGUAGGUUACAUGAGAUUCCAAGCUUUGAUUCGAGCAAGGGUCUUAUCCCACAGAUUCAGACAUCUCCGAGGACACAUCCUAGGCCUACAGGCCCAUUGCAGGGGCUACCUGGUGAGAAGAGAAUACGGUCACAAGAUGUGGGCCAUCAUAAAGAUCCAAUCCCAUGUCAGGCGAAUGAUUGCGCAGAGGAGGUUCAGGAAGAUAAAAUACGAGGAAAGACACCACGUGGAAGCGUUGAGGUUAAAGAAACAGGAGGAGAAGGAGCUCAAGAGCGCCGGUAACAAAAGAGCCAAAGAAAUAGCCGAACAGAACUACAGAGAGAGAAUGUACGAGUUGGAGAGGAAAGAAAUGGAAUUGGAGAUGGAAGACAGGAGAAGGGUAGAGAUUAAGAAGAAUCUCAUAAACGACGCUGCAAGGAAGGCCGAUGAGCCCGUAGACGACUCAAAAUUGGUGGAGGCCAUGUUUGAUUUCUUGCCGGAUAGCAGCAGUGAAACAGCGACACCUGGUUCUACUUCUUUUAGCUCAAUGAAAAAAGUUGUUUCUACCGGUGGUCUGUUUCGGAAGAGAAACGAAGGAAAAUCCUACAGUGAUGAUAGUUCACAAAAACAAAGUCGUGAGACUUCGGUGUUCAACGAUUUGCCGUCUCAACCAUCAGAAAACGAGAUCAUAAGUCCUAUGCAUACUGGUUCCGACGAUGAAGAAGAUUUGUCCGAGUUUAAGUUCCAAAAAUUCGCAGCCACUUAUUUCCAAGGAAACGUAGGACAUCAAUACUCCAGAAAACCUCUGAAACAUCCUUUGUUACCUCUACAUACACAGGGCGAUCAAUUGGCCGCCCAGGCGCUCUGGAUAACGAUCCUGCGUUUCACUGGAGACCUACCUGAACCCCGCUACCACACAAUGGAACGCGACAACACCUCCGUGAUGUCCAAGGUCACCGCCACACUGGGCCGAAACUUCAUACGUAGUAAAGAAUUCCAAGAGGCCCAAUUGAUGGGCAUGGAACCUGAGUCGUUUCUCAAACAGAAACCUAGGUCCAUACGCAACAAACUGGUCUCGCUAACCCUCAAACGUAAAAACAAGCUGGGUGAGGACGUAAGGAGGAAACUACAAGACGAGGAAUACACCGCCGACAGUUACCAGAGUUGGCUAGAGUCCAGACCGACCUCAAACUUGGAAAAACUACAUUUCGUGAUCGGUCACGGUAUCUUAAGAGCCGAAUUGAGGGAUGAGAUAUACUGUCAGAUAUGCAAGCAACUGACGAACAACCCUUCCAAGUCUUCGCACGCAAGAGGUUGGAUAUUGCUCUCCUUGUGCGUGGGUUGCUUCGCUCCUUCAGAGAAAUUCGUAAACUACCUCAGAGCCUUCAUAAGAGAAGGCCCGCCGGGAUACGCCCCCUACUGUGAAGACCGACUCAAGAGGACCUUUAACAACGGUACUAGAAACCAACCUCCCAGCUGGCUGGAACUCCAAGCCACCAAAUCCAAGAAACCGAUAAUGUUGCCCAUAACCUUCAUGGACGGCAACACCAAAACCCUACUCGCCGAUUCCGCCACCACUGCUAGAGAGCUCUGCAACCAACUAUCCGAUAAAAUAGGCCUGAAAGACCAGUUCGGGUUCUCCUUAUACAUAGCUCUUUUCGAUAAAGUCUCAUCUUUAGGAAGUGGCGGUGACCACGUGAUGGACGCCAUCUCUCAAUGUGAGCAAUAUGCCAAAGAACAAGGGGCUCAGGAACGCAACGCCCCUUGGAGGUUGUUCUUCCGUAAGGAGAUAUUUGCGCCUUGGCACGAGCCGGGAGAAGACCAAGUAGCUACCAAUUUGAUAUACCAACAAGUGGUACGUGGAGUUAAAUUUGGGGAGUAUAGAUGUGAUAAGGAAGAAGACCUAGCGAUGAUAGCUGCUCAACAAUAUUAUGUCGAGUACGGUCCUGAUAUGAACCAGGAGAGACUGUUAACGCUGCUUCCAAGCUACAUCCCGGAUUACUGCUUGACGGGAGUCGAGAAGGCUAUAGAUCGAUGGGCAACCCUGGUCGCCCAAGCUUACCGCAAGAGUUACUACGUGAAAGAAAAGGCUGAAUCUCUUAGAGUAAAAGAAGACGUAGUAAGUUACGCCAAAUUCAAAUGGCCUUUACUCUUCUCGAGGUUCUACGAAGCCUACAGGAACUCCGGUCCUAAUCUCCCCAAAAACGACGUGAUCAUAGCGGUGAACUGGACGGGUGUCUACGUGGUCGACGACCAGGAACAGGUACUCCUGGAGUUAUCCUUCCCGGAGAUCACUUCCGUGGCUAGUCACAAGACCAACAAGGUCUUCACCCAAACCUUCAGUCUGAGCACGGUUAGAGGCGACGAGUUCACCUUCCAGAGUCCGAACGCCGAGGACAUCCGGGACCUGGUGGUCUACUUCCUGGAGGGUCUGAAGAAGAGGUCGAAGUUUGUGAUCGCGCUGCAAGACUACAGGGCGCCCGGGGAGGGGUCGAGCUUCCUGACGUUCCUAAAGGGUGAUCUGAUUGUAUUGGAGGAAGACAGCACGGGAGAGACGGUGUUGAACUCUGGCUGGUGUGUGGGGAGGUGUGAGAGGACUCAAGAGAAGGGGGAUUUCCCGGCAGAGACGGUUUAUGUGUUGCCGUGCAUGUCCAAGCCGCCAAAGGAGAUCUUGAUGCUGUUUUCUGCGGAAGGUGCAGAACACGGGAGGUACCUCAGCAGGCAAUACUCAAUGAAUGGUCUGGACAACAGGGAGAACAGACCCCAUACCUUAGCCGAAUACUCAAUAGACCACUUCAGGCCUCCGAUGAAGCGGACUAUGUCCAAAGCCUUAACUCUCACGUCAGGUCGAAGAGGAGGAACUGCAGAUGACCUGUGGAGGCAUAGCAGGGAGCCCAUCAAGCAACCUCUACUGAAGAAGUUGCUCAGUAAAGAGGAGUUGGCGGAAGAGGCUUGUUUUGCCUUCACCGCCAUCUUGAAGUACAUGGGAGACCUGCCUUCCAAAAGGCCAAGAUUAGGCAACGAGUACACCGACCACAUCUUCGACGGUCCUCUUAAGCAUGAGAUACUUAGGGAUGAAAUAUACUGCCAGAUCAUGAAGCAGCUCACGGAAAACAGAAAUAGGUUAUCAGAAGAGCGUGGUUGGGAACUAAUGUGGCUUGCAGCCGGCCUGUUCACCUGUUCCCAAAACCUCCUGAAGGAACUGACGGCCUUUCUGCGCAGCAGGCGUCAUCCCAUAGCCCAAGACGCCCUUCAAAGGCUGCAGAAGACGUUGCGCAACGGUCAGAGGAAGUAUCCCCCUCACCAAGUCGAGGUGGAGGCCAUUCAACACAAGACCACGCAGAUAUUCCACAAGGUCUACUUCCCGGACGACACGGACGAAGCCUUCGAGGUGGACUCCAGCACAAGAGCGAAGGAUUUCUGCCAAAACAUCAGCCAGAGGCUGAGCCUGAGAUCCAGCGAGGGCUUCAGCCUGUUCGUCAAGAUCGCGGACAAAGUCAUCUCUGUACCCGAGGGAGAUUUCUUCUUUGACUUCGUCCGCCAUCUGACCGACUGGAUCAGAAAGGCAAGGCCUACUAGGGACGGCAUAACGCCGCAGUUCUCGUAUCAGGUAUUCUUCAUGAAGAAACUUUGGACUAACACGGUUCCGGGGAAGGAUAGGAACGCGGAUCUCAUCUUCCACUUCCACCAAGAAUUGCCCAAGUUGGUCAGGGGCUACCACAAGUGUUCCAAGGAAGAGGCCGUCAAGUUGGCGGCUCUGGUUUACAGGGUUAGGUUCGGAGAGAGCAAACAAGAACUGCAAGCUAUACCUCAAAUGCUCAGAGAGCUCAUACCCAACGAUCUGGUGAAAGUUCAAAGCAGCAACGACUGGAAGAGGUCCAUAGUUCAGGCUUACAACCAGGACGCUGGUAUGAGUCCUGAGGAUGCCAAAAUCACCUUCCUCAAAAUCGUGUACAGGUGGCCUACCUUCGGUUCGGCCUUUUUUGAGGUUAAGCAGACCACCGACCCCAACUAUCCGGAGAUGCUGUUGAUCGCCAUCAACAAACACGGGGUCAGCCUGAUCCAUCCACACACAAAGGAAAUUCUGGUCACUCACCCUUUCACAAGGAUAUCGAAUUGGUCUUCAGGAAACACCUAUUUCCACAUGACGAUAGGCAAUCUAGUGAGAGGGUCGAAGCUGCUCUGCGAAACUUCGUUAGGUUAUAAGAUGGACGACUUGUUAACCUCGUAUAUCUCUCUGAUGCUGACCAAUAUGAACAAACAGCGUAGCAUCCGAGUCAAAUAAUAAGUACCUAUAUUUUUUAGUCGAUAUUUUUCCACUCAACACUGCAAUACUACAAGUGAAAUUAGGUUCUUCGAGAAGUAAAGGGCUUUCUCCGUCCAUUGUUAUAGUCAAUUAUUACAGUUAGUUUUAUAUUGGUUAGGAAUUAAAUACUCACGAAUUUCUAUCUGUAUAUGAAGAUUGAUAAAAACAUAUUUAUUUGAAGAUGUAUAUUUGAAAUAAAUUUAUGAUUAAAA